UGAUGUUUCGGAAAUGCUCAAUGUAUCAUAUACACGGUCCAUGGCUUUGGCACAAAAUAUAAUUGCAUCUCCGAUGACACUAGAUCAUGAAAUUCAGAUCCACAACUCGCAGAUCGAUUACACUUCUUUGCUGUUAACAACGGGAUACGAUAAUGUUCACUGCUUCAUGCCAACUCUAUCUUGCAUUGUUCCAAUAGAAGCGCAACAAUACAUACUGCCAUAUGCUUUGCCGCCAACUUCAUAUAUCAUUAAUUCUUUGAUACAAUGCGAAAGUAUGAAGAAGAAAGAAGUACAACCUACAAGUCCUUGUAAAUUAAUUACCGCUACAAUGCCGCUGACUACAUCCUCAAAGAAUAAACUUGGACGACCAUACAAUCCUGGUCGACCGCUGGCAAUGGAAGAAAGGCAAAAAAUUCUACAACUUUACGAAAAAGGUCACAGAAUAAGCCAUAUUGCUCGCAUUAUUGGAGUAACACACAGUUGUGUUUCGAAAAUCAUGACAAGAUAUCGGCGUACAGGUUCCAUGCAACCACGUUCCACAUUUUCUACGACGAAGAGAAACAUAGACUGUUGUAGUGACAUGGAUGUUGAUUCAGUCUCAAAGAAUAACUAUCAAAAACUAUGCAGAAGCUGUACUGUUAAUGCUACGUUGAGUGGUAGCAGUCGACCAAUCAAAUCUUACUUAAUUCAAAGCAUACUAUGCAAAAGAUAA